AUGGCGGGCCCUCGGCCGUGGCUGGGCCUGGCCUGGCUGCUGGGCAUGGCGGCGGCGAGCGCCCUGCCCCUGGCCGCCGGCCCGCGGGACGAGGUGCUGGCCGCGGCGCUGCAGCGGCUGCGGGAGGUCUUCGACAUCGAGGAGCUGCCCCCCGACGUGCUGCCCCGUAAGAAGCCGCCGCAGUUCAUGGUGGAUCUCUUCAACAAGGUGGCCGACGCCAACGGCAUCACCCGCGCCCCAGGCCUGUUGGAGGGCGACGUGGUGCGCAGCUUCGAGGACCGGGGCGGGCCGGGGGUUCGGCUGCACCAGCAGCGCUUCUACUUCGACAUCAGCGCCAUCGAGAGGGGCGAGCAGAUGCUGAAGGCCGAGUUCCGAGUUUUCAAGCUGAAGAGGAAGCGUGUGGCCAGGUCCGAGGGGCAGCACUUCUGCAAAGUGGAAUUGUACGAACUCUUGGAGGGUGGAAGUAAGCCGCAAAAAAAACAUCUCAUUGCAUCAAGAUUAUUGUCUCUGUACACAGAAGGCUGGGAAGUAUUCAACGUCACACAGACAGUUUCCAAGUGGGUCGGAAACAGCAACUCCAACCACGGCUUUUUGAUAACUGCAACACAUGCAUUCAGCAAUAAAAUUGAGCACAACCUGGUUACAUUUGCGAAGAGCCAGGGCAAUUUGCAGGAGAGUAGAAAUGCCCUCCUUGUCCUCUUCACCAACAGUAAUAAACGAAGGUCUUCUAGCUUUGUACCCUCUUCCACAAAGCUGAACCCUGCCGAAAAUGACGCUUUGUUAGGUGUGCCUCAUGAACCUCAGAUCAUUGAAAACAACAAUGCAAGCAGGAGGAGGGGACCUCGGGCUGCAGCAGUGUCUUCUACCAGAAGCCAGGUUACAGCAUGUCAUCGGAGGGAACUCUACGUUGACUUCCAUGCUAUUGGCUGGUCAGGAUGGAUUAUUUACCCAAGUGGAUACAAUGCAUUUUACUGCCGAGGAUCUUGUCUUUUCCCCUUAGGGGAAAGUCAAAAUGCAACAAACCAUGCCACUGUUCAGUCCAUAGUCCAUACGCUUAAACUGUCUCAAGAUGUCAGCACACCCUGCUGUGUUCCAGAUGAACUGAAAUCCCUCAAUCUCCUCUACUUUGAUGACAAAGAGAAUGUGGUCCUUAAAAAUUACAAAGACAUGGUGGCAACAAGGUGCGGCUGUCAUUAA